AUGGGUAAUGUUCUGAGCCAGUUCUUUUUCAUUCCAGCCGCGCCCAUUACGGAGAAGAACUGCCCUGAUCAGACGGGACGGGUCUUUCUCGUGACUGGAGGCUACGCUGGCGUGGGCUUUGAGCUGUGCAAGAUACUCUAUGCUCACAAUGCGACAGUAUGGAUCGCAGGCCGCUCAGAGUCCAAGGCCCAAAAGGCCAUAGCGAGCAUCAAGGAGUCAUCGCGCGGAAGCAGUGGCCACAUCCACUUUCUGAACCUCGACUUGUCCGACUUCCCCACCAUCAAACCGGCGGUCGACUCAUUCCUCGCUCAGGAAAAGCGGCUUGAUGUCCUCGUCCAGAAUGCCGGUGUCAUGUAUCCUCCAGAUGGUAGCUUUGACGCGCAGGGAAAUGACCUCCAAAUGGGCACAAAUUGCUUGGGCCACUAUCUGCUCUAUCAGCUCCUUGAGCCUCUCCUGGCCAAGACGGCCGCCUCCUCUCCGACAGCAAGUGUACGCGUCGCUUGGGCAGGUUCAAUCGCAGUGCACAUCUCCUGUCCACAGCCCCAUGGAGUCGAAUUGAACGAGGAUGGCAGCGUAAAAGAUCUAGGCUUCAGGCAAAAUUACGGCCAGACCAAGGUUGGCAACGUCUUUUUGGGGCACGAGCUGGCGAAAAGGACCCCGCAAACGGGCAUUGUGCAUGCUUCUUUCAACCCCGGGAACUUACAAACUGAGCUCCAGCGUCACUGGGUUGGCCUGGACCGCUGGGUAACGGUAAGUCGUGUCAGCUCCACGCUGCGGCCCUCGAGUCAUGUUUCUUCGCCUGAAUGCUGCUGA